UGUCAAGAGACACAUAGUGAGGGAGGCUGGAGCUGUAGACGCUGCUUGGGUUAUCUUCUGUUUUCAGAGUCAAAUUUAAGAGCCUCUUUCUUCCUCCACCGCAGUUAGCUUCACAGGAAGUGUCACCGGCAGAGGAGCCGAAGCCGCGGAAGUGAGAGGACACACCGGGCUGCUUUCGGGAAGAUGUCUCGUAUACUUGUUCCGACGUAGGGGGAGUGUGCAGUAGCCAGUUGGCUUGAAUUGUUAGCUAGCUCCGUGAGUGGAGGGCUGCGGGCCCUCCUCAGCCUAAAGUAGCUCCUGCAGCUGUGAAACACACUCUGCGACAACGGCCGCUCGACAACUGGACAACCGGGACGUUAGCAGGCCGGUCCGGACCGACAGGGAACCCCGGGGCAGCCGCCAUACGGGCCGCUGAUAUCCGAAGCCGCACUGCCGGACGAGACGACACGAAGUGCGGCGUUGCGUUAUGAGCUCAUGAAACGCAACAGGAGACAGAGAGAGGAAGAGGAUGGCGCAGAUUCAUCUUGAUUACAGUUAGGUAGGCUUAAAAAUACAUGCAGGUGUGCUGUUUAAUGUGAUCUGAGCCAGUUCGUCUCAUUUUGACGGAGGAUCAACAUAGCCAUACAGGACUUGGAAUCAGGCUGUCAAUAUGUCGAAAAUGCCGGCCAAGAAAAAGAGCUGCUUUCAGAUCACAAGUGUGACUCAGGCCCAGGUGGCGGCUAUCGGGGCCACCGACGACACGGAGAGUCUGGAAGACCCGGACGAGUCACGGACUGAAGAUGUGUCGUCGGAAAUAUACGACAUGUCCCGGGCUGAGUAUGAGCCUGCCUGUGACAGAAGUUCAUCGGAAGAAGCCCUGAAUAAUGUCGGAGAGCCAGAGGCGGUCAGUGCUGGGGCUCCAUCCAACGUACCUCAAGCCAGUCAGCUGUCUGCGCUGUCAAACAACCCAAUAGGGGAAUUUCGAAAAGUGGGAGUGUCGAGCUCAACUCAAGGUGGUCAGCAGCAGCCGGGGAUUGGAGGUGGAGCUGGUUUACAAGUCAUCCCUCAGCCAGGGGCCAUGCAGCAGCAGCAGCCUGCAGCCAGUGUUGGGCCAUCCAGUGUCUCAGUAAACACAUCCCAACCUGCUGCAGUGACCAGCUCAGCUCCCCCUCCUGCCACCUCCACGGUGAGUUGCACUUCGCGGUUCAGGGUCAUUAAGCUCGAUCAUGGUACUGGAGAACCCUUCCGACGAGGCAGGUGGACAUGUACAGAGUUUUAUGAGAAAGACUCUGAGGGCUCUGCUGUUAGUAGGACUGUAGAUAGCAUACGACAUCCCAGUGCAACACUGGACCCUGCUGCAGACAGAGACAGUGGGCUCGGGCUCACUGGUGGAUCUGUGGUUGCUCCGGCAACACACUCAGGUCAGGGUUUGGGCUCCAUAGCAGAUGCUUCUGGCUCGUCAACUCGCAUGCAUCCAGUGGAGACACCACCGCAGCAGCAACUCCAUCAGAACUACAGGCAGCAGGGUGUCAGUAGCUCGGUCACACACAGUACUUUCCCCAGCAUCAAACCUACAGCGGUCCCAGCUCAGCCAGGAGGCCUCCAGCCUCCUGCUACCCAGAAUGCGCUACCUGUCGGACAGAACGGCCUGCCUCAGUCCGGUGUCCACAUACAGAAGUCUCCCAUCAUGCCUCCCUCAGCCCAGCCCAUUGCUUAUCCUCCCCAGCAGCAGCAGCAACAGCAGGUUCCUGUGGGCCACCACCUGACCAGCCAGUUGACUGGACUGAUGCAGAACCAGUCUGAGUACUAUCAGCAGCAGCAGGCUACUUCCAUGCUGCCAGGGCUUGCCACUGGCCAGUCCCUCCCAGUGUCUAGCCUCUCUGCAUUACCGCAGCCUUUGGGACAAGGACCCACUUCGGUCUUGCCUCCACCCUCUGGAGGGGUUUCUGUGCCAAGUCAGGUUGGAGAUGUUGCCGGAGCAGGAGGAGGAUCUGUACCCGCUGGACAACCAGCUCCAGCCAUCUUGCAGCAGCAAACUGUAGGACUGGGAGGUGCUGGAGGCUCCAUAGUGGUUGGUGGAUCCACUCUGCAGCAGCAGCCCAUGAGUCAGUACGCCACUGCUGGACAGCCUCAACCUCAUGGACAUCCUGCAUCCUCCAGUGUACAAAAUGUGCCUGCCAUCACAGCGAGUUCCAGUGUGCCCCCCACUGUGCCCACUGCUGUGCCCAGUGCCUCCAGUGCAGCCAUGCCAAAUGUGACAACCUCCAGUUUGCCUCCAGGUCAGACACCCCACAGCAAGACUCCAGUGGUUUUGGGAGCGCAGGGCCUCCCAGUGACUGGGUUUGGACAGGUGGAGGGUGGUGGUGGAAGGAAGUCUGAGGGACUCAUUAACGCACAGUUUCCUAUUAUCCCCGGGAAGGAACCGGUGAAGCCCCUCAUGCCUGAGAGCCUGCAGCUCACCACUCCGACUGUCAACAGCCUAUUUGGAAUCCACAUACCUGUCGACGGGGAGGAGGACAGUGCCUCUGGAACCAAUGUUGUUGCCAUUGAUAAUAAAAUUGAACAGGCAAUGGACCUGGUGAAAAGCCAUCUGAUGUAUGCAGUGCGCGAAGAGGUGGAGGUGUUGAAGGAGCAGAUCAAGGAGCUGUUUGAGAGGAACUCGGUGUUGGAGCGGGAGAACGCCGUGCUGAAGUCUCUGGCCAACAGCGAGCAGCUCUCUCAGCUGUCCACCCAGUCGGCCGCCGGCUCCACGCCUCCCCAGCAAGGACUCAGCCAGCCUCAGCAGCAGACCCAGCCGCCGCCGCCGCUUCAAGCUCCGCCUCAGCCGCAGUCGCACCCCCAACUCCAACACCACCCCAAACCCCAGCAGCUCCAGACUCAGCCGCAGCUCGAUCCCGGCCAACAGCAGCAGCAGCAGCAGCAGCAGCAGCAGCAGCAGCAGCAGCAGCAGCAGCAGCAGCAGCAGCAGCAGCAGCAGCAGCAGCAGCAGCCACCCAACGUCACCUCCGCUUGAAGUGCAUCUGCCCUGCUUCACACGGGGCAGGAAAAGAAAAAGAAGAGCAUCGUCUCUGCAACUUAUUACAAAUUAGUGUAUGUGAAAUUUAAAAGAAGAAAAAAAAAAAACUGUCUUCUUAGCCACCAGCUUGACCACAAAGUACAGUGCUUGUGAGCGUGUGUGAGCAAGCGAGACUGUGAAUUGGUGUUUGAAUGUAAGUGUGUGUGCGUCUGUACUGUGGGCCUUUCCAGUGUUAAUGCAAUCAUCUAGUGAGAGAGACGGAGGGACUUGGACGAAGUGUGUGUGUGGAGACGGAGCAUGGGGGAAGGUCGGGGUGUUUUCUGUUUUUGUUUUUUUUUUUGUCCAUCUUGGCUGUGAUCCCGGAUCGAUGGACUGCUGGGUUCGAGCUUGAGGAGAUGUUUUCUUGGAGCCAAAUGCAUCCUGCGACCUGACCUGCUCAGUGCGUGGCUGUGGAGAAAAAGCGAGGGGUUCGCCUCGGGACAGACGGGGAGUGAUUGUCAAAAGAAAGCGAUUAUUUUUUUAAAUGAAAUAACUGCGUGGGUAAAGGGGUAUUUUUAGCCUUGCUGUUUCAUGUUGUAAAGUAAGAACUGGGAGAGAGAGAGAGAGAGAGUCUGUUUUUGGGAGCGUCACACCGCUGCCGUUACUUUUUACAUCAAGUCCAACCCUUACAUCAAAUCUUUUGAGUUCUACUGUUAAGUGUUUUUUUUUUUUAAUUUAUUACAGGGCUGCUAUUUUCAUAAAUGAACAAUUUCAUGAAACCUGUUUAACAGUAGCCCUUUUUGACUCGUUUCCUCUUCUCUUUUACAGUGUUUCAACAGAUUGGCCGCACUUGCCAGGCAAUGCUAUAUAUUUGUUAAAUGUAGGCAAAAAGAAGAAAAAAGAAAUUCUGACAAAUAUUGAACACUAAUGCAGAUUUGACGCUGCAGAUGCCAAUUCAUAGCUUGAGUCAAAAUCCAGUUUGAAUGUACAUUUUUGUAAAGUAUUAAGAGCCUUGAUGGGCAACUCUUCAUCUGUUGACGUCAAAUUUUCACCUGCUGGAGCAGUAGAUGAAAAUUCAGUUGUUGGUUGAUCUAAAAGUGAAUUAGUAUUGCCACAUCCCCCCUCCUUAUUUACACUUUUUUUUUUCUCCAUUGUUUUCCUGAUGGGGCCAGGGGGGGGAAAAGCUGUGAAAUCAUUCAACAUACUUUGUAACCAAAGAUGCAAAGCUGUGUAAAUUGAUUAUUUUGAAAUGCACACAUGUAUUUUUUUUUUUUUUGUUACUUCCUCCUUCACAAAAUAUUUUUUUUUGCUGUUCAGCAUGUUCUGCAUGAUCUGUAAUCUUCAAACCACUUUCUUACCUCAUUUUUAUUCAGCACUCUUAUUGUAAGAUAGUCUGUGAACAGUGUAAACGGGGGGGAAACGAUGUGGAGAGUCGACAGAGAAAAACAACCUAGUGUUUCUGACACUAGUCACAGAAAAAAUGAAGUGAGCCAUGUUUUGUUCAUUUAAAUGGUGUUUGAAUUUCAUAUGCCAAUAGUUUUGUUACAUUGCAAAUUUUAAUGUAUUUAAAUAAAAGCAAUAUUCAGAUUCGAA